ACCGGAAGCGUGGCGCUCGCGAUCAGCGACGAGAAUCCCCGACCGGCGCGCUGUAUUACGUCAUCCGCUUAGUAGAGCCUAUUCGUUAGUUGUGCUGUGUUGUGUGUAUAGUGUGUAUGUAAAAGCAGUAUAAAAAACUUUUAACUCUUCUGAUAGUGAAGCGCAAGCCGGCAAUGUCGGUGAACUACGCGGCAGGUUUGUCUCCAUACCCAGACAAAGGAGUAUGCGGACUUCCAGAGGUGUUCGACAACCCAGAGCAAAUGCGGAACAAAGUGGCACUUCUGGCCGAGAUGAUACGGCAAGCACAAUACAUGGUUGUCCAUACCGGCGCUGGAAUUAGUACCUCUGCAGGGAUUCCUGACUUCAGGGGCCCCAAAGGUGUUUGGACGCUGGAGGAGCAGGGAGAGGCGCCUCACUUUGACACCACCUUUGAGGAGGCUCGGCCCAGCACCACCCACAUGGCCCUCCUGGCGCUGCAGAGGGCCGGGUACCUGAAGUACCUGAUCAGCCAGAACGUGGACGGCCUCCACGUCCGCUCCGGCUUUCCCAGAGACCUGCUGUCUGAGCUCCAUGGAAACAUGUUUGUGGAGGAAUGCUCUAGAUGUGGCAAGCAGUACGUCAGAGAGAGCGUGAUCGGCGUCAUGGGACUGAAGCCCACAGGCCGCUCCUGCGAGGAGACGCGCUCCCGAGGCCUCCGCUCCUGCAGGGGCAAGCUAAUCAGCACCAUUUUAGACUGGGAGGACGCUUUGCCAGACCGAGACCUGACCCGUGCCGACGAGGCCAGCAGGCGGGCUGACCUGGCACUGACCCUGGGCACCUCGCUUCAGAUCAAACCCAGCGGUAACCUGCCACUUUGCACCAAGCGCAAGGCGGGCAAACUGGUGAUCGUGAACCUGCAGCCCACGAAGCACGACAAGCAUGCCGACCUGCGUAUCCAUGGUUACGUGGAUGAUGUCAUGACCCAGCUGAUGGACCUGCUGGGAUUAGACAUUCCUAGCUGGGCGGGGCCGACCCUGUGUGAGAGCUCCACGGCAGACUUCAAGCCCCCGCUGCCCAUCAGCCUGAAAGUGGAACCCAAGCACAAGGCGGAGGUGAAGGCGACGGUCGUUGGGCUUGGCGUUCCGAAGAAAGGGGAAACAAUCCCCGAUACGAAGGCCGGCGAGCAGAAUUCGGCCGCUGACCCCGCGCCAGGUGACGGUUUGCCCAUUAAGGAAGAAAAGGCGCAAGGUGCUUUAGCUAAUGGGGCUCCACCACCAACCAAGAGACUCAAACCCAGCCCCGAGUGCGCCGAAGACGGGUCGGCCGGUGGGGUCUGA